AUGACGGACAGCCAGGGAACGCAACAAGAACAUCGUAUAGCCUUAUCUUCAUCUGAAGGAUCGCAAGCCUCGACUCUGGACGCGCAUGUUCAAGCAACCGUACUCGGUGACGAAUACAGAGACCUCGACGCAGCCUCGAAUCUGCAUUCGAAAGAUAUCACAGCUCCCGAGACCGCCUCUCCCGAUCUCAAAGUGGAUCCCAAGCAAGACGUUGAGAGUAGCAACCGAACUGAUCCAAGGUCAGCAACGACAGCGGCAUCAGUUCAAGAGCAGCAUGCGAAUGGCUCUCCAAGCUUGGCCCCACCCCCGUCGCCCUUGCCCGAAUCUUCCAUCGGCAGUCCAUUGAGCAGCGCAAAUGCCAACAGUCCUGCCAUGCCAUCGUCCGGCUCAGCAGCCUGGCAACAAGCUCGGAAUGACGACGCUUCCGAUCCUUUCCACGACACCUCGUCCAGAUCGCUCCAACGCGAUGAGCUGCUCGCGGUCCUCGAAGCAUUACACAGGUGUCCCGCAUCCGAUUUGCAGACCAAGCUGCACCUUGGCGGACACCUUCAUCGCAUGCUCAUCGAGGGCAUCUCGACUUCGGCAUCGGCUCGCGCUCAUUGCUACCGCGACGAUUUUCGCCAAGCAGGUGGCUUCUUGGUCGUUGUGCAGCUCAUCUCCGCCCUCGACAGUCCGCCGAGUCCAUCGGACUCAUCCGAUCAUGCGGCACUACAGAUCGAGAUCUUCAAGCUCGCCUUGUCCAUCCUUUCGGCGUCGCUCGUUCAGCACCCCCUCAACAUCAAAACCUUCGAGCAGAGCGUGGGAUGGCAGGCCCUUUUGGACGCCAUCGAUAUCGCCGCUAAGGACGCCGUCCCUCUCGACCACGUUUUCGGCUCGCUCUUUGGCCUAGCUUUAGCCGACGUCCCCACUUACGCUGGCCGCAUCGUCUCAACGCGCCGAUACCUGGCAGAUCAAUCUGACCAAGCAGACACGUCAGCUGCGUCCCAGGACAAGCUUGCGCAGGCCAGGGUCGGAGACCAAUGGACACCCGUGCCAGGCCUCGUCUUUCCUCACGCGAUUCGCAUCUCGCUGCAAUUGCUUCUGAGCAGAUUACCGCACAGAUCUCAAGGCGGCGAAGCUGAUUCGUUCGACUCAAUUGGAUUGCGCCUCGUGCUGCACACCCUCAUGCACCUCGUGGCCUCCAAUCGGCGGAACCAGGCCGCGCUUGCCGACACGGGCGUGACCGGUCUUUUACUCGACGCCAUUAUGCCAGCCGACUCGGUCGAUGCCGGUAUCUCGAUACCUUCAUCCAUCUCCAUCUCGACACUGAGACAAUACAAUGCGCCGUCGCGGAGCUCUCAAGACACAGCGGAGGGCCAUCCGUCCACGACAGAUUCCGAGUGGCAGCAUCGCGAUCUUCUCGCCAGUGUCCUGGGAUAUCUUUACGCGGCGGCCGGCAUCCCGGACAAGGACGGCCGCCGUCUCCUCCUCCAUCUCGCCACCGGCCCUGCAUCACCUUUCGACGAAACGACAUCGUCCUCGGUGGAGGAGGGCCGCGAGCGCUUGCUCGAUCUGCUUCUCGAAGUCGCGGACACUUCGCAACAACCCAACGCAGUCCUGUUCAGCAUGGCCGAGCACGGGCAUGCCUCGCUGGCGUUCUCCUGUCUUCGACGACCGUUCCCACCUCUCGCUUCCUCCAGGGGGUUUUCUUUCGUAACCACAUUCUCGAUAGAGCGUAUCGAGCCAAGCAUUCCAAUUGAGCUCCUCACCCUCUUUGAUGCACAACGGUCGCUCCACGUCCAACUCGCCAUCGAACCGGGCACGGGUCACUUCAGCUAUGCCUCUGCGCUGCACGCUUCUGCGACUCCGACACGCUUCAACAAGACGAGCUUUGUGACCGGACAGCGCUACCAACUCGCCUUUGUUCAUGUCCGUCCCCGAGGUGGCGCACAUAUGUCUCAAGCUCGGCUCUACGUCAACGGUGAGCUGGUCGAGGAGAAGCUAGCGCCUUGGCCGACCCACAGUCGCGGCGCACCGUCCUCAGCGGUGCCAGCUCAUCGUGACAACCCGGUGCGCGCCGUGCUCGGGUCGCCGCCAGGUUUCAACAUUGAGACCCAUCAAAGCCUGCAGCACAAUGCUUCAACACGACCACGCACAAACCGACUCGUCUGGUCGCUUGGACCUACGAUGCUGAUCGACGAUGUCCUUUCCAACGACUUGCCCCUCGUUUUCCACGAAUUGGGUCCUCGCUACACUGGCAACGCGCAAGACUCACUCGGACGCUUCCUGACAUAUCGUGCCAGCGCUAACAUCAAUCUGCGACUAGACCAGAUCGCUCGUAGGCAAGCCCAAGCGACGUCCGCCAGCGGCAGCUCUGUCCUUUCCGAAAAGGAGAUUUCGAGUCUACCUCUUGUCAUGGCGAUUGCUGGUCGGGCAAGCGAUCUUGUGCCUGAGGAACGUCUGUACUUUGUCAUCAAUGCGGCGAACACCGCCACCUUUGAUCGGUCUGCUUCGAAUGCUGGCAGUGCAACAUCUCAGUCAGCGUCUCUUUCGCAGCCGGCCAAACGAUCGGGAUCGCGCAUCGUUCUCAAUCAGGCGGUCCCUCUAAAUCGCGAGGCAAUCGGGUCGUCGUUCGGCAUUGCCAAACUCUACGGCGAUCCAGCACUGCUGGUACCUCGACCUCUUGACGAGGUCAUCUGGAAGCUAGGAGGCUGCGCCAUACUGCUACGUCUCAUCUCUGACGCCAAGACUUCAGGCGCACUCGCCAAGACGCUGCUCCUCUUUGUGCGGCUCAUCUCGCAGUCAUGGCGUCUGAGUGAGGACGUCGAACGAUGCAAAGGCUAUGAGGUGCUCGGCUUCCUUCUACGCGACAAAGCCGGCUUGUUCGACAACGAGGUCGCUGCCGUCGUCUUCGAGGCGAUGGGUAUCGAUGCUGACAGUGCUUCGACGACGAACGACUCGCUCUUGAUCAACCCGUUUCUUUAUCGCAUUGUCAUGCUCGACUUUGAGCUCUGGUCGCAGACCACCCGCGAGCUGCAACGCCGACAUUUGGCACACUUUCACUUGCUGCUCCGGUCGUCCAGGCACAAGAAAUUCAAUAUCAAAAGAGUGGCCAAGAUGCAGAUCGUCAAGAAGACCAUCCAUGCAAUUCGCUCCGGUCUCUAUCCGACCGAUUGUACGCCUGCCUUGACGGAAGCCGUUCGCGCCACUCUCGCCUCUUCGUUCUCCGAAACCUCGGUGCGCAUCAUAACGUCAUAUCUAGCUUCGCAGCUGUGUCGCACGACCGCAGCGACGGACAUUCAGCCUUCGAAACCGACAAGACCCAAGCCACAGCGAGCAGCGACGCUCAACUCGCAUCGCAUAGCGUCGAACCUCGCAAACACUCGUUCACUAGGAUCGGAACGAACCCCAGAGCCGCUUGCUUUGACGACUUCCGGUGCCUCUUCGGCAAACACGUCGCAGGCAACUCAGCAAGCGCUCGAUAUCUUUGAGCUCUUGGCCGAUAUGCUCCAGGAGCGUCGCAGCCACCUUCUACGCUUUGCCGACGCAGUCAACGUCAAAUGGUUCCUCCUUUUCUUCCACCCUCGAGCCGAGCGAAGAGCCGCAGAAUUAGCUUUAAGCAUCCUGGCUCGACUAUUGCUGCUCCCGGAACUUGGCUAUGCUCAGCGCCUGAGCACGUCCGGAGGCUUCAAGGUGCUUGAAAGGCUCUUGCCUCGCUUCUGGUCCAUCCCUUUGCUCCUUCCUACCUUGUGGACAGUGCUGUUUGGGCACGACGUGCCACAGAUAUCAACAUCCUGGUUCGAACUCAUUGUUCCACCCCGCAGCAGUAGCCAAGCGAAGCCCAUCCACUGUGCCCCUGUCCUACGAACAAUUCUGUCCUGCUUGAAGAAAGGCAUGCAGGCUUCAGCGACGACGCAAACUUUAUCGUACACCGGUCAGUCUCGCACGCUACCGCCACGGCCAACGGCCACAGUGAACCGAGUCUCUUCCUCUUCGGCCUCGCACUCGGAUGAUCUCGAAGUGAGUGUCCUGCAAGCUCCACGACGCACACACACCCGCAAGCGUAGUCAAUCGAUGGAUGUCGACGUCAAAGCCUUGGAGCGGGCCGCUCAGGCUUCGGUCGAAAGGGCGAUGUUGCGCGACACUGCAGAGCUCCUCUGCGCAUAUGGCGUUCAAUCUGAGGAAUUCAAAGAGCUGUUGUUCUCGCCCAUUAUCCUUCGUGGACUGGUCGACUGCAUCUUUGUCUUCAUCGACCAAGCUGAUUCGUCGGACAACACGAUGGACACUGCAGGCGCAGCAUUCGGAGAAAGUGCUUCCGCGGCGAAAAGCAGAUCAGAAUUCCCUCGAAAUCCAAACUCGCCACGGUCAGCAUCUGUGCGAAACGAAAUCCGCGGGAUGGCCGAUUCCAUGCUGGACUUGCUGGCAGAUCUCGCCACGGACUCGCUCCUCUCAACGCACUCGAUAGCCAUCGUGUCGGCCAUCGAACAGGCGCUGCCGCCCUCGGAGUUGGCGCAGCAAACCAUCUUUCGCUGUCACCUUCUCGUCAAGAUCACACGGAGGCUGCGGCUGUCCAUCGCAGAACAUCCCCUCGGCGCAGCCACAUCCGCCGAGUUCAUUGCGCUCUUCAUCGAGACGGCUUCCGGCGAAGUUCUGUCCGGCCAGGUCAAGCUGGAGGAGGAGCUGUACAGAGCCACGCUGGAUCUGCUAGGCGCUCUUCUGAAAGCUGCUCCACGCGAUGCAAGACAGUCGAGCCGUGCUGUAGCGACACUAUACAUGAGCCUCAACCGUAUCGUGCUGCUACGUCUCGCAAACGAGGAUCGCCACAUUCAGACACUGAGCGAGGUCUUGCAGAGCCAGGACGUGAUUCUGCACCCAGCAAACCAAGACCGCAUCUUCUUCGAGUGCCUCGUCAACCGGCUGCUUUUCGUGUCGGAAUCCACGGCUCUGAGCUCUGACCAAGAAUUGGCCGCCGAUGUCCACAUCAAGACGUUCACGCUUUUCAACCUCGUUGCCCUGGCACGGCCUGCCAUUGUGGAAGGUGACGCUAUGGCCAUGUUCAACGCAACGCAGCAGAGGAACGCGAUUCCAGCAGCUGUUGGACCUGCUGAUCACAUCCAAGAGGAAACUCCAGUACAGCGGUCGGCCAUUGUGUACGACGCAGCUUGGAACAGCAUCUCAAAGACUCGAGAAACCCUCAAGACGGCGGCCCAUAUGGAGCGACUGCAACAGCUGCAUGACUCGCUUCGUCGAACUGACACACGAGAGCAGGUGGUGACCAGCACCGAGAACCGCAUGAUUGCGUGGCAUGCCAGCCUGGUUGACGCGGAGCUCGUCCGCAAAGCCAAAUUCGUCAACGACCUGCGUGAGAUGCAGACGUUCGCCGAAAUGCAAUGGCGCAGGCUGCAAGCAGGCCUCACACGGGAGCGGGCAUUGCUGCAGGAUGCUACGUCCAGCAAAGACGACAGCGCUAAUCCGAAGAGCCGAGGCAUAUGGCGCCUUGAUCCCACUGAGGGUCCAGACCGCAUUCGUCUGAAGAUGCACCUGCUGGACGCAUCCGCAGUUCGUGCAAGCGACGUAGUUGCGCCUCAGCUGGCCGAGCAUGUACCUGCUAAGACCUCGGAUUCGCCCGCUACGAAAGGCUUGCACGGUGAUGCUUGGGGCAGUGCGGACGGUACGGGCGUCGAGGUAGAUCCAUUGCCGUCGCUGACGGCCUCCGGAACAGCGGAUAGCCUCGUCGAGGCCAUUAAGGCGGGCUCCGAUCCGUCCGCAAGCCCCGUGGAAAUCUCUGACGCUACAGCAGCAGAGGCUUCGAACGAGACAUUCCACGAGGACAAGUACCGUCGCGUGCUACGUUCACUCGAGCGCGGCGAUGUGAUUGAGGCGGUCUUCAACACCUCGCGUGUGGUUGGCAUCGAAUCGAGGGGAUGCCUGCUCAUUCUUGGCAAGUUGUGCGUAUACCUGAUGGACGACUACUUCCAGCGACCUAAUGGCGAGCUCAUCAAUGUGUGGGAAGCACCUGCCGAGGAGCGUGACACGCUUGUGAUGGCAACAUUGGCAGGCGAUGCCUCCAAGCCGUCCGAUCUCUUGCGCGAUCUCGAGGGCGACGCGCAAACGCGAAAGUGGUCCUGGUCCACGUUGCAGGCCUGUCACCGCCGUUCGUGGCUGCAUCGCCGAACAGCUGUCGAGAUCUUUUUCGAGGACGGACAAAGCUGCCUGCUCGUAUGUCCGGAGACGGCCACCGCGCAGAAGAUGCAUCAAGAAUUGCAGAUCCGCGCGCCUUCCGCCGUCGCAUCUGCAGAGGCGAUGCGGGAGGGCAUUCGGGAACGCGGCGCAGGAAGCGGUGGCUCAUCAUCAUCUUCGGCAGUAUCACCGUCUGGUCUUGGCUCGAGGCUUGCCGGAGCUGUACUGGGUCGCAAUGCUGGUUGGGGAGCGAUGACGACAGCAUGGCGCGAAGGUCGCAUGAGCAACUUUGCGUAUCUCAUGGCGCUCAACACGCUAGCGGGGCGGUCGAUGAACGACUUGACGCAAUUCCCGUGCUUUCCGUGGGUGUUGGCAGACUAUACCAGUGAGGAGCUAGACCUGGAACAGCCUUCCACUUUCCGCAAGCUCGAACUGCCCAUGGGCGCUCAGACGCCCAUCCGACGCAAGGAGUACGAGGACCGCUACGUGCAGCUGCAAGAAGUCGACAUGGAGCCGUUCCACUACGGCACGCACUAUUCGACUGCUUCGACCGUGUGCGGCUUCCUGAUCCGAACCAGACCGUUCGAGCGGCUUCUGAUGGCACUGCAAGGCGGCAACUUCGAUCUGGCAGACCGGACGUUUGGCUCAAUCGGCAAGGCGUGGAUGUCGGCGUCUGAGCUAUCGCGCGGCGACGUACGCGAGCUCAUUCCCGAGUUCUUUUACUUGCCAGAAUUCCUGCGCAACACGAACCGCUUCGAUUUUGGCAUAACGCAGGCUGGUGAGAUCAUCGAUGACGUCGAGCUGCCUCCUUGGGCCAAAGACGACCCGCGCCUCUUCGUGCUGAAGCACAGGGAAGCGCUCGAGUCCGAGUACGUGUCGCAGCGGCUGCAUCACUGGAUCGACCUGGUUUUUGGCUCCCGAUCGCGCGGAGACGAGGCGGUGGAGAGCACAAAUGUCUUCCAUCCGCUCAGCUAUGAAGAUGCCGUGAAUCUGGAUUCCAUUGAGUCCGCCUUGGAGCGUCAAGCGGCGGCGCAGGUGAUCCACAACUUUGGACAGACGCCUUCGAAGCUUUUCCGCCAUCCGCAUCCGCAGCGAUUGCGAAGGCUUCACGUCUCGCUCUCGGCGUCGGAGCGAUUCGGCAUGCUGGAGCAUCCGAGGCUGAUUGUCCAAGGCAUCGCGCCGAUCCGCACGCUCAAGAACGCGGUCCACUUUAUCUAUCCGUUCCACCCUGAACGCGCCUUCGCUUCUCCCAAAGACUACCUCAUCUUACCCAAGGCAGGAGUGUCGCUAUCUACGGGUCACCUCGAUGGCAGCUUGCGGAUGUACAGCUCGCGGGACGCCAAGCGACCUCUGGCGGUGGUGGAGCAGAUGGUGCCGGAUCGCAUCACGUGUUUGGCACAAGCUCGUGCCCAUUCGAUCGUAGCCGGCAGCUCGGACGGCAUGGUAAGCAUUUGGGACGUGGACGGUGCCAAGCGAGAGGUGACGCUGUCCACCUUGCUGCGGGGUCACGACGAUGCGGUCCUGUGUGUCGCGGCUUCAUCGGCGUGGAGCGUCGUGCUGACGGGAUCCAAGGAUCGCACCGCUAUUGUGUGGGACCUCAAUAGGGGCACGUAUGUCCGCUCCCUGCGGGGUCACGACUCGGGCAUCCAGCUUGUCGUCAUCGAUGAAAAAACGUGCAACCUGGCGACGGCAAGCGGACCGGAGGUGCGAUUGUGGUCGAUCAACGGAGAGCUGUUGGCGUGUUUGGCAACCAGUGCCAACAUUUCGGAGCCAGUAUCUAGCUUGAGGUUUUUCGAGCGCGACUACCACGUGGAUCGACUCGCCGUGCUCCUUACGGGUCACCGCGGGAGGGUGAUUGCAUGGGAAGCCGUAUCAGCGCACGACGCAGCAUCGUCGAAGGAAGGUCGAGCAUCGUCGUUACCCUCUGUGUCUGAUUCAACGACGACGGUGAAGCAAUCGCACAAUCAGCGGCGUCUAGCUUCAGAAGGCAGCUACCACCAAGCAGCAGCCGCCAAGGGUCCUCUAUGGCGACUCGCGCCAUUACACGUGCUCGAGCACCAGGACCGUCUGAACGCAGAUGGAGGUGCGCAAGGUGUCACGAGCGCAAGCACAAGCGCGCGAGCCCGACCGCUGAUCACCGCCAUCGCCACGACCCCCAAGAUGGUGUUGACGGGCGACGAAUACGGCAGGCUGUAUCAGUGGACGCUGGUGGGAGACGCCGUGGCGGUGCCGGACUCGUUCUCUCCGCACUGCAUGGGCGCAAGCUGCGGUAGACGCUUCGGACUGCUGGAAGGACGCAGAAGCUGUGCGGGAUGCGGUGGCCUUUUCUGCGGUGCGUGUGCAACGGCGCACGGCGAGUUUGCAGCUCAUCAACGAUUCUGUGCUCACUGCCGUGAUGUGACGGACAGCUCGGGAUACUUUGACAUCUGA